UUUGAAAUGGGGGAGAGCAUCAGCUUUAUCAUUGUAGUGACUGGGAGGUAAGUGCCUUUGAGAAUGAAAUUUUUUAUGACAUACACAGAUGAGGUUCCUGAUUAGUCAGUUAAUAAAUGGGAUGGAGGCGUGACCUUUGUUUAUAAUGCCAACAGUGACUUUGUUGUAGCUUAGAAUGGAGAACAUUUUGCAGGACCUUUCAUCACCCCAAAGCAGGCAUGCAAUAAUGAUGGGGUAGAUUUCAGUUUAGGAGGUAGGCUGAGGAUCUCUUGGGGCCAUAUGUCUGCAAACCAUUUAUUCCCGAAUAUCCUUCCGAACCAGAUGGAAGAAGAUGUGCUGGUAAAAAAUUGGAGAGAACUGGAGGAUUCAAAGUAUCCUCCAGGUAUGUGUACAGUAGAAAUGCAAUGUUUGGAGAGUUUGGGAAAUUGACUACAUCAUCUAGUAAAUGGAGAAGUAAGGAAAAAUGGUACUUAUUUAAAAGGAUCCAGCAAUUUGGGGCUGCUAUGGCAGCCAAAAGUUAAGAACACUGAGAAAGUACAUUUCUCCACCUGAUGCCAAAAAGGUGCCAUUGGGAGGGGUAGAAGGGCAUAGUUUUGAAAGCAUGUCAGCUUUUUGUAGCCAGGCACCUUUACCCGUGGUUUUAAUGAAUUGGAUGGCAUGAUCUAUGAAAGCUUAUGACAUGGAGAAUAUGUCUUUGGGGAUAAGGCUGUUAAUACUGGGGGUUGCACUGUUGUGCAGGGAUGACAGUUUAAUGAUAAGUCUUUUCGUACCAAAAUAUUUUCUCAUGCCAAUGCCUAUUGGAUUAAUGUGAAAAAUAGGGAAUGGGGAACAGCUGAAGGGACUGAUUAAAUACCCUUGGCCAAUUUGUUUUGAAUUAAGGUGUCAACUACUUCGGGUUCUUUUAAGGAAGGAGAGAGGUCUUUGCACACACAGAUGAAGAAUUGGAUAAAGUUAAGCCCAGCCAAGAAACUUUGAGUAAAUCCACUUAUGAGGAAAUUUACAAAACAGAGGUUAGGAUGGAAAGAAAGAUCAUUAGAGAGUUUGUGGAUAUUGAUGAGUGUCGAGGGAUGUUUAUUCAUCUUUUUUGAAGGGUUAAUUGAGGUAGUUUGAACCUGUGGGGACAAACAGCUUUGGGAUGAAUGUUACCACAUAUAAGCACAACUAUGAAGAAAUUUACAUCUAAUAUAAGGACACACAGAUUAAUUGAAAUUAAUACAGAUAUGAAGCGCAGUGCUUGAAUUCUGCUAGCGACACUUUUGAAGAAUCUGCGGUCACAUACUAUUAGAACUACUGAGAUAUCCCCACAGUCGACGAUAUGCUCAUCCAGGACACCAGAAGGGCAGAGCAGGAUUUUGACUAGGUUGAUGUCAUUACCUGCUAUGAUCUGACUUCUCAUGUUGUAGGGGAUAGCUACUGGUGGUGGGAUGAAUGGGGCUACACUAUAUGAAGCAGGGAGAGGUGUCGUGAGGCUGUGAUUUGGUAACAUUUCAUCUGGGGGAUCUCCGGGGUGGUCUGGGAGGAAAGCUGCGAGUAGCAUGGAUGAGUGGAUUAAAAUUUUGUAGAGCUGAAACUUUGUUAACCAGUCUAUAAAUUGAGUCUUUCGAAGAGCACUGCGAGCACAGGGUCCGGAGUUUCCAGGAGUUCUGUACGGGGUCUUUUGGCUGCCAAAGUGUUUAGUGUCCGAACAGUAUGUUUCCACUUAGCUUUAGACUUAGCUGGAAUGGUGCUGGAUGGUGGAGGAAGAGGAGUCUGGGCGUGGUUGGCAGAUGAGAGGAAAAACGGUAACUAAUACUUUAUGGGAUAAGCUGUUUGGAGGAGUAAUGUUGCGGUUAAACAAAUAUUCCAAGAUCCUAGGUACUGGCCAUUCAUGGAUGAAGGUGUGGCAUUGAGUCAGUGGAGCACUCCGUCAUCUGGAGGAGAAAGCAGACAGAGGGUCCGCUUCAUCUGUAGUGCUUAGGGUCUCUGCCUCAGGUUCUGGAUCAGAGCUGGGUUCUUCGAGGGAUAAGACCUCGUCGAUGUCUUGGUGAGACAUUCUUGAUGAGUGUAGGAAUAUUUGUAUGAAGCGCUAGAUUUAAAGUUAUCAUAGUGCACGGAGGUCAUGCACAGUGAGUUAGUCGGGAUAAUAAAGGGUUGCAUGGAUAGAGAACGUGGCAGAUAGGCUGCUAUGUGGCGAUGAGGGAACUAAUCAGCAAACGGCUAGAGUUUCAUUUCUGAACUGGGCAUGUAUUAUAUGUUUAUUUUAACCACUCACAGUUUUAGACAGUGUUUGCUUGCGUUGGCAUAUACUGCAUGUAGGAAGGUUUUAGAUAAUACAAGUUGUUUGGUUUAAAGUGUCUCACUAUAAUAUAAAACGUGUCUCAGAAAUAAAAAAGUUGAAUAAAGCUAAACAGAAAAGCUCUCACUCUGUCAGGGUGACGGUGGAUCCGCACCCAGUGUUCCCGGGAACACUGGGUGUGAGGUGGAAAUACACAGUCCACAGUGAGGAGAAAACCCCUUCACUGUGAAAAAAAUCACUUAUCCAUUUACUAUAUCUAAGUCAAAUUUAAACAGUUUUAAAUAACUAUUAUCAGGUUUAGUCGAGGUGUAGACUGAAAUUAGCACCACGAAGUUGGACUGUGACACGUUUCAGUUUUAUCAACGGAUCAUUGGACAAAAUUGAAGACAAAAGUCACAAAUACAGAAGAAAGAAAGAAAAAGAAAGAAAGACAGAUAUGAAAAUACACAAGUUUGUAUAUUUUCUUACUUUUUAGAGACAAAGCGUUCUCGCCAUUUUAAAUGCAAUGGUCUUUUAAAUUUCAUUCUAUUACACAAGGAGAACAUAGAAGUAACAAACCGUGGUAAAUGGUUUUAAAAGUCGAUCCGUGCUUUUCUCAUAAGUGGUGAUACACAACAAUGUUUGCUAACUUUAAACUUCCUCAAGUUGGAAACGAUAUUUAUGAAACAUUAUGGAAGAAUAGAUUUAAUGAUAAAAGUCUAUAGUUAAAAAGCAUUUUUUUUUAAAUAAAUGAAAUUAAUUGUCUUACUCAAAGGUGUUUACAAAAAAUGACAAAUUUUUAGUAAGGACAGUUCAAACAACACUGAAAAGGUUGUACUGAUGGUGGAAUUGUAUAGGCAAUGUUAAACUAGUGUAAAGCUACGAUGGUUUAUUUCGGUUUAUUUCUGUAACUGUUUUUAUUUUCGGUCAAAAUUAAUGUGUUAAACAUCACUAGUCAUUUUACUCACGGGGCAUUUCGCUUAUUUGAUAGAACUUUCAUGAAACUAGUUUUCAGCUGUAAUGACAUUGUUAUUUCCACACAAGAUGUCGCUGUAGACCGUGAGUUGGAGUUAUUGGCACAUUAUUAAUAGUCCGCCUGAAGCAGAAUAGGACAACAGAGCGUCACAUACUUCUGAGUUCAGCAGGCCUCGUGUAUUUUCCGUUUUACUGCCGGCAUUGGAUUAAAUAUAAGUACUCAUUCGACUUAUUCUUUUUUGAAUAUCCAGUAAAAGGAAGUGAUGGUUGUAUCGGACAGUGUUCGCUCUGCCUGGAUGAAGGCUCUGCUGCUGCUUUGUUUAUGGGAUUUGUGUUACGGUCAGAUUUCCUACACGGUUUCAGAGGAGGCCAAGAAGGGAACCGUUGUUGGAAAUCUAGCGAAGGAUCUCAAUCUCAGUGUGCAGGAACUGGAGUCGCGCAUGUUUCAGCUUGUGACUGGAUCUAACGCCAAGUAUUUCGAGGUAAAUCUGAAAACCGCCAUUUUAUUAGUUAAUGACAGAAUAGACCGAGAGGAGCUGUGUGAAAGCAAACAGAAAUGCGUACUGAAUGUCGAAGCGAUGAUCCACAAUCCUCACAAGCUCUACCGUGUUGAAAUUAAUAUACUAGACAUUAAUGAUAACUCUCCGGUGUUUCCAGAUCAAACACUUGUUUUGGACAUUAUUGAGAAUAUGCUUCCUGGAGAUCGGUUUCCCUUAACAACUGCGAGUGACAUGGACAUCGGUAGUAACUCAGUGAAAACCUAUAAAAUAAACACAAAUGAAUAUUUUUCCUUGGACAUGCAGAGUGAUUCUGUUGAGCUCGUGCUUCAGAAAUCUCUGGACAGAGAGAGAGAAUCGGUGAUCCAGUUCGUGCUGGCUGCUGUAGACGGCGGGACUCCUUCGAGAUCCGGAACAAUGCAGAUAAUUAUCAAUGUGCUGGAUAUAAACGACAACAGCCCAGUUUUUACGAAGCCUCUUUACAAAGUCAGUGUCCAUGAGAAUGCAGGUGUAGGGACUAAAAUCCUCACCGUUUCCGCAACAGAUGCAGACGAAGGAAAUAACGGUGAAGUUUCAUACUCUAUUAUAAGUGAUUCCCGAAACUCAGCGUUAGACUUAAUCUCCAUAAAUCCUGUUUCUGGUGAUAUCACUGUGAAAGGUAAUAUUGAUUAUGAAGAAAAUCCAGCCAUCGAACUGCGAAUCCAGGCUCAGGACAAAGGACAGUCUCCAAGAAAGUCUCGAUGUAAAGUGUUGAUUGAAGUAGUGGAUGUGAAUGACAAUGCACCAGAGAUAUCAGUUACUCUUCUCAUGAGCUCCGUAAGCGAGGACAUCAAACCUGGUACAGAUGUUGCAUUAGUCACUGUAUCAGAUAAAGACAGUGGAACGAAUGGUAAAGUAGAUUGUAAAAUUCUAGCACCGAGUCCUUUUAAAUUACAGCUAUCAUAUAAAAACUCUUACGCCCUUGUUGUGAAUGAAGCUCUGGACAGAGAGCGGGUCUCCCAAUAUAAUGUCACAGUUCUAGCUAAGGAUGAGGGAACUCCUUCCCUCUCGAGCAGUAACGUUAUAACAGUUCAUGUCUCUGAUGUGAAUGAUAACGCGCCUUUAUUUCCUCCACCAGUGAUAAAUAUUAGCGUGAAAGAGAAUAGUCCAGUUGGAGGGCUGAUGGCAUCACUAACGGCACGAGACUUAGACAUCGGUGAAAAUGCCCUUGUUUCGUAUUCAUUAAUUGAUGCAGAAGGCAGCAGAGUGUCAAAUCUGAUGAACAUUAACUCACACACCGGUGAACUGUACAGCCUGAAGUCUUUCGAUUACGAAGAAACCAAACGACUUCAGUUUAAAGUUCAAGCCACUGACUCUGGUGUCCCUCCACUAAGUAGUAACGUGACUGUGAACAUUUUUAUCCUGGAUGAGAAUGACAACAGUCCAGUUUUUCUUCCUCCUUAUUCUGAACCUGGAUCAGUAAACAGCGAGAACAUUCCCUACUCUGCUGAAGCGGGGUAUUUUGUGGCUAAAAUCAGAGCUGUAGACGCUGAUUCAGGUUAUAAUGCACUAUUAUCUUAUCACAUGACCGAACCAAAGGGAACGAAUCUCUUCCGAAUCGGAACCAGCACAGGAGAAAUAAGGACUAAAAGACGAAUGAGUGACAAUGACUUAAAAGCUCACCCGCUUAUCAUUACUGUCUCGGAUAAUGGAGAACCUUCACUGUCCACAACUAUGAGUAUUGAAGUUGUGGUUAUGGAAAAUAUGGACAGCGUGCAGCCUUCACUAAGACAAGUGCCAGUAAAGGAGGAGAAUUUUUCUAAUCUGAAUCUCUAUCUGCUCAUCGCUAUCGUCUCAGUGUCAGUGAUAUUUUUACUGAGCCUCAUCGCUUUAAUAGCAGCUAAAUGCUACGGGACAGACGGCGGUUUCAGCAGCUCCAGCGCUCCAGUGGUCACUACACACCCUGACGGGAGCUGGUCUUACUCGAAAUCCACUCAGCAGUAUGAUGUGUGUUUUAGCUCAGACACACUGAAGAGUGACGUAGUGGUUUUCCCCUCACCGUUUCCGCCUGCAGACGCAGAGCUGAUCAGCAUUAAUGGAGGAGACACUUUUACUCAAAAUCAAACUCUUCCCAGCACUGGGAAGGUAAGACCAUAAGUAACUU